CGGUAAUUUUUGGUCAUUGUUGAGAAACAACGUUCUCACAUUCUUAUUCGAUGUCCACGCUGUUCACUACUCGUACUUUUUCAUCCUUCAGUGUCCACCAUCAGAUAGUCGGGGUUGACAUUCUCCAAUAUUGCCACCCACCAUGCGCUCCAUGUCCUAUCUUUCCAACAUGACAAGCGAAUCAAACCUGUACAGAAGCACCACAAAAUCUCCGGGGAAGAAACGGUUUGUAGCAUCCAAGAGCUCUUCCAAGUCCGGGCCAGCGACCUCCUACAAGCUCUCGUCGCCGGUUCGAACCAUUCUUUCCAGGGAGCUUCAAAUGCCGUGUUUCAAAGGAAGCGACGGGCCCCUGCAGCCGGUGAAUUCACGGCGUAGGUUCCAGCGCAGGGGAUCUAAAUCGGCAUCCAUGCUCAGAUCUCUCUCCAGUAGUCACAUGGUGGCAGAAUUGCUCAAGAACGACUCUCGGAGAGAGGAACGAACAGACACAACCGAAUUGUUGAUUGGGUCGAUGAAAAGGAUAUCAACCGAAUCAAACAGAAGCAGCAGCAGCAGCUAUAGCGAGUCAUCGUCAAGUAUGGGAGGGUCGAUGGCCACCCUUUCGUCGCAUAUGGAAGAUUCUAGCAAUAGCUUGUUGCCUUCGCGAGAGCAAUCCUCGGCGUGAAGUAUGGAAGGAACCCAUCCAAACUCAAUCAAAUUCGGCGCCUACUACUUUGUGCAUCUCCAAACUUGUACAUCAUUCGGCUCUCAAAUGAAGUGAAACCUGCAUUUGGCACAAAUGAAUACGCGAAAACCAUUUCAACUGUAUGGAAUUCGCAGUAUAAUAUAGAACGUUAAACAUA